AGGAGCCACCAUGGAAGCUCACUGGGCCGCGGGGCCGCCUAAGCCGCUGGCUGCCGUCUGAGGCCGGUGAGGCGCUACGCGGCCGGGGCUGCCCGCCGUGGAUACGCAGGCGGCUCCUGCCGAGCUGCGGCCUCCGCCAUGUCGGUGCUGGGCGAGUACGAGCGACACUGCGAUUCCAUCAACUCGGACUUCGGAAGCGAGUCCGGGGGCGCCGGGGACUCGGGCCCGGGCCCCAGCGCGAGCCCGGGGCCGCGAGCCGGCGGUGCGGCGGAGCAGGAGGAGCUGCACUACAUCCCCAUCCGCGUCCUGGGCCGCGGAGCCUUUGGGGAGGCCACGCUGUACCGCCGCACCGAGGAUGACUCCCUGGUGGUGUGGAAGGAGGUUGAUUUGACCCGGCUUUCUGAGAAGGAACGUCGCGAUGCCUUGAAUGAGAUUGUCAUUCUGGCGCUGCUGCAGCACGACAACAUUGUUGCCUACUACAAUCACUUCAUGGACAACACCACCCUGCUGAUCGAGCUGGAGUACUGCAACGGAGGGAACCUCUAUGACAAAAUCCUUCGUCAGAAGGACAAGUUGUUCGAAGAAGAGAUGGUGGUGUGGUACCUUUUUCAGAUUGUUUCAGCAGUGAGCUGUAUCCAUAAAGCUGGAAUCCUCCAUAGAGAUAUAAAGACAUUAAAUAUUUUUCUGACCAAGGCGAAUCUGAUAAAGCUUGGAGACUAUGGCCUAGCAAAGAAACUUAAUUCUGAGUACUCUAUGGCUGAAACACUUGUGGGCACUCCAUAUUACAUGUCUCCAGAGCUCUGCCAAGGAGUAAAGUACAAUUUCAAGUCUGAUAUCUGGGCAGUGGGCUGUGUCGUUUUUGAACUGCUUACUCUGAAAAGAACAUUCGAUGCUACAAACCCACUCAACCUAUGUGUGAAGAUCGUGCAGGGAAUCCGGGCCAUGGAAGUUGAUUCUAGUCAGUAUUCUCUGGAACUGAUCCAGUUGGUACACUCGUGCCUCGACCAGGAUCCUGAGCAGAGACCCACUGCAGAUGAACUUCUGGAUCUCCCCCUUCUCAGGAAACGUAGGAGAGAGAUGGAAGAAAAAGUCACUCUGCUAAAUGCACCUACAAAGAGACCAAGGUCAAGCACUGUGACUGAAGCACCCAUUGCUGUGGUAACAUCACGAACCAGUGAAGUCUAUGUUUGGGGUGGUGGAAAAUCCACACCUCAGAAAUUGGACGUCAUCAAGAGUGGCUGUAGUGCUCGACAGGUGUGCGCAGGGAACACCCACUUUGCUGUGGUCACCGUGGAGAAGGAACUUUACACCUGGGUGAACAUGCAAGGGGGCACUAAACUUCAUGGUCAGCUAGGACACGGAGACAAAGCUUCUUAUCGACAGCCAAAGCAUGUGGAAAAGUUGCAAGGAAAAGCUAUCCACCAAGUGUCAUGUGGUGAUGACUUCACUGUUUGUGUGACAGAUGAGGGUCAGCUCUAUGCCUUUGGAUCAGAUUAUUAUGGCUGCAUGGGAGUAGACAAGGUUUCUGGCCCUGAAGUGCUAGAACCCAUGCAGUUAAACUUCUUCCUCAGCAAUCCAGUGGAGCAGGUCUCCUGUGGAGAUAAUCAUGUGGUAGUUCUCACACGAAACAAGGAAGUCUACUCUUGGGGCUGUGGUGAAUAUGGACGACUGGGUUUGGAUUCAGAAGAGGAUUACUAUACACCACAGAGGGUGGAUGUUCCAAAAGCCUUAGUCAUUGUUGCGGUUCAGUGUGGCUGUGAUGGGACGUUUCUGCUCACCCAGUCAGGCAAAGUGCUGGCCUGUGGACUCAAUGAGUUCAACAAGCUGGGUCUGAAUCAGUGUAUGUCUGGACUCAUCAACCAUGAGGCAUACCAUGAAGUUCCCUACACGACUUCCUUUACCUUGGCCAAACAGUUGUCCUUUUACAAAAUCCGUACCAUUGCCCCAGGCAAGACUCACACGGCUGCUAUUGAUGAACGAGGCCGGUUGCUGACUUUUGGCUGUAAUAAGUGUGGGCAGCUGGGUGUUGGGAAUUAUAAGAAGCGCCUGGGAAUCAACCUGUUGGGGGGACCCCUUGGUGGGAAGCAGGUGAUCAGGGUCUCCUGUGGCGAUGAGUUUACCAUCGCUGCCACCGAUGAUAAUCACAUUUUUGCCUGGGGUAAUGGUGGUAAUGGCCGCCUGGCAAUGACUCCCACAGAGAGACCACAUGGCUCUGAUAUCUGUACCUCAUGGCCUCGGCCUAUUUUUGGAUCUCUGCAUCAUGUCCCAGACCUUUCUUGCCGUGGCUGGCACACCAUUCUUAUUGUUGAGAAAGUGUUGAAUUCCAAGACCAUCCGUUCUAACAGCAGUGGCCUGUCCAUCGGAACUGUGGUUCAGAGCUCCAGCCCAGGCGGCGGCGGCGGCAUUGGUGGCGGUGGUGGCGGGGGUGAAGAGGAGGACAGUCGGCAGGAAUCUGAAACUCCAGAUCCAAGUGGAGGCUUCCGAGGAACAAUGGAAGCAGACCGUGGAAUGGAAGGUUUAAUCAGUCCCACAGAGGCCAUGGGAAACAGCUGUGGGGCUAGCAGCUCCUGCCCUGGCUGGCUUCGGAAGGAGCUGGAAAACGCAGAGUUCAUCCCCAUGCCUGACAGCCCAACUCCCCUCAGUGCAGCAUUUUCACAGUCUGAGAAGGACACUCUGCCCUAUGAAGAGCUGCAAGGACUCAAAGUCGCAUCUGAAGUUCCUCCGGAACACCAGCCCGCAGUGGGAGCCUGGCCCCCCCGGCUGAAUCCUGCAGUGCCACGUGUUGGCAAAGCCUUGACCUCUCCUGCGUGUGCGUGCAGUGCUCUGCAGGUGGAGGUUGACAGGUUGCAGAGUCUGGUGUUAAAGUGUCUGGAUGAACAGCAGAAGCUCCAGCAAGAAAACCUCCAGAUUUUUACCCAACUACAAAAGCUCAACAAGAAAUUGGAAGGAGGCCAGCAGGUUGGGAUGCACUCCAGAGGAACCCAGACAGCAAUGGAAGACGUGGAAAUGGAUCCAAAGCCCGACGUAGAUUCGGAUUCCUGGUGCCUCCUUGGAACAGAUUCUUGUCGGCCCAGCCUCUAGUGUCCUGAGCCCACAUAGCCCUCAGGAAACUGGGACCCACAGAGCUUCCCUGCGCACUCCCCGAGUGCAGAGAGCGGCUUCCCUGGCUUUGCUCACUUGCAGACACAGAGCCCAGGGCAGAGGAAGGCUGUAAAGCACUUUCCUUGUGCAUUUGGACAGUGGCGUUGCCUUUUACAUAGGAUCUAGGAGUGGUUUUCUUGUUUGGGAGAAUGGAAGGGUCCUGUGGCCCUGGCUUUGUCAUCAGUGACUGCCCUAGCAGCAGCAGCUCUGCACCUCGUCUUCUGAGCCCACCUUUGAAGAGGAGACACAGUACUCACCUUAAUUGCACUGGCAGCAGCUCAUUUUCUGUUUAUCAUUUUCAUCAUUAAUUGGAAGCUGCCUUGGGAUUUAAGCUCCAGGCAUUACACAUCUGGAUGGAUGAAGGAGAAUUUAAAAAUGGAGUGGGCUGCCCAGGGUCCUUCAGAGAGUGGUAAAGUGUUCAUGCCUUCUCAGAAGCCUGGAGUCCAGGCAGGAAAAUCCACUGCUAGAGUCAGUCUAGAGCUGAUCAUCAGGAAGUUCAGUUACUUGAUGCAGCUUUGUGAGGAAAGCUUGGAUUGCCCUCACCAUGGAGGUUGUUUGAAACAUCAGUGAAGAGCAGAGAGAGGGCAGGUCCCUCCUCACAUUAGCCAGACUUUGAGGCUACAGUUAGUACAAGGUGGGGUGUCCCAGCUCUGGGGGAUUCCUCCAAGACAGAAGGUGUCUAAGCAAAUUACACCAUCAUCGGGUAGUAGGUAGAGCUGUGGGAGAAAAUCAUGGGGGAGGUAACACUUCCUUCAGUGUCUUGCCUUGGUAUCUGAGGACCUCAGUGACUCUGAGGUCUUCUGCCCCUGUGAAGGCCUCUCUGUACCUCUAGUGUCCUGGCCCUUAGGGGUCUGAUUGGCAUGAGCAGCCCUGGGCACUUCCUCUCCAUGUCUAGUCAGUAUUUUCCCUUUGGUGUGUUUUGGAGUCACAUCAUACCCAGUAAAUCAGUAUCAUCUUUUGUACUUGAGUAGCCCAAAGCCAGCACCAAAUCCUUGGGGUCACAAAAGCUUGACAGGUAGAACCUGCCAAGUAAGAGGGAAUUGGCUGCAAGCUCACUUCUGUGUUCUUGUUGAGUGGAGCAAGCUACCUUUUCCAAAGACAGUAUAUGUCCUAGAAGAGCCAACCUUCUAGGCAGGCAUUUGAUAGUUUCCCUUAAAUGUGAGCCUUGUGCUUCCACCAAGUCUAAUGGAUUGCUUGUGUUUGAGGCCACAGCAGCUCCUUUGAUAAGUACCACAUCCUCUGUGCUACACACAGCUAAAUUCAUAUCGUUUGAUUUAACCAAACCAAAAAGAGGUUUGCUGUCUCUUUUAAUACUGCAGGAGGACCUACCUAUGCAGGAGAAACUUGCCAUUUCCUUGAGCUAGUGGUGUAAAGGCUGGUGCUGAGAGGAAGCCCCAUCUCUGAGGACAGGCAUCUCUGUCCAUUGGGGUCCUCGUUUUCUCAAUUCUGAGAAGCACAGUACAGUAGUACUCAUGUCAUCACUGAAGCUUAUUCCCAGAAUAAGGGAAAGCCCAAUCCUGAUGUAAGGGUCUGGCAGUAAACCCUGCGGAGAGUUUUGGUUCAGUUUGGUCAAUGCAACUUUGGUUUUUGUCAGGACUGGCUGGCCUUUCAAGGUCCUGUAUCCUGAUGCUUACCAUCUCAGCAGGCCUGAGAGGCAGGGAUUAGGGCGUUCAGUAUGAGCAUUGUAUCUGCUCUGGAGCUGAGGGGUAUGGGCAUGUUGCUGACUGUGUGUGACAGUGAGUGUUGAGGCAGGCAGGAGUCCUGGGAGUCAUGCUCAAGUAGAGCAUGGUGGUCGUUUUCUCUACCAUGUUCCUUUGGGAAGUCUAGGUUUGCUAUUAAUCUAGCUGAGAAUCUAAGUUCUGUGCCUUAGAGACAAUUUGCACUUUCCAGAAUUGUGCCUAGGACAACCGUAAGAUUUUUUUCCCUACCAAACAGCUAUGCAAACAAAAACCAGUUCAACAGUCACAACCAUACACUGGGUUGAGUAAAAGUCAAGACAGCAGAAAUGUCUUCAAAUGGUUUUCUAUAGCUAAAUCUUCAAAAAUUGUCCUGCUUCUCCUCUAUGCAGUACUAGGUGUUUGAAGCUUCCCAGUAGUGUUGCUUUGAGUUACAGUAUAGCCUGCGUUUAUCCUCUGUGCCAACACUAGGCUGCAGAGCCAGCUUGUUGUUAGCCAGAUGCUGGGAAGGAUGAGGAUGGCGUGGUGCGGCUUUUCUGUUUUAAAUAAAUGUUUAAACUCUCCGAAAGUGCUGUGCUUCAGUGAGCCUGUCCACCACCUCAGUCACCGGAGAUGGAACACCCACAGUUCUAGACCUUGGGAAAUCUCUAAUUCUGUGAGUCUUCUAUAAAUAAAUAAAUAAAAGUGUUCUUUUAACAGAAAUGACACAAGAGACAUUACACGGAAAUAACCUC